AUGGCCAAAACAAUCCACACCCUCACCCCAAGCGCCAUAGCCACCGCCCACGCGCUCAUAAAACCGUACAUCCACACAACACCCCUCCUCACGAACACCACGCUCAACAACCUCGCCUCGACGCCCCAAUCCGCCGACUCGCUGCACGGCACCGAAUGGGAAGGCCAGACUCCAUCAAACCCAACGAUCCGGUUCUUCUUCAAAUGCGAGAAUUAUCAGCGCAUCGGGGCGUUCAAGGCCCGAGGUGCCUUUCAUGCUUUGUUGAGGUUGAUUGAGGAGGAAGGGGAGGAGGUUGUGCGGGGGAGGGGGGUUAUUACGCAUUCAUCUGGAAACCACGCACAAGCCCUCGCCCUCGCCGCCCAAACGCUCCACAUCCCCGCGUACGUGGUCAUGCCACGAAUCAGCACGGUAUCCAAGAUCUCGGGGACGAAGGGGUACGGCGCGGAGGUGAUAUUCAGCGGAUCGACGAGCACGGAACGCGAGGCCGUGGUAGCUGAGGUGCAAGCAAAGACCAACGCCUUCUUGAUCCCGCCGUAUGAUCAUUUCGAUAUCAUUUGCGGGCAGGGGACCACGGGACUGGAGAUGCAGGGACAGUAUGCGGCGCUGGUGGCGGAGAAGCCGGGCCUGAGCGUUCAUGGACCCCGGGCUGAAGGACAGCUGGAUGCGGUGAUCACGCCCGUGGGCGGCGGCGGGUUGAAUGCGGGCGUCGCGACGUUUUUCUCCGACGAGUCGACGAAGGUGUUUGGUGCGGAGCCGAGCUUUGAAGGCGGGGAUGAUUGUCGGCGUGGGCUGUUGGCCGGGGAGAGGGUGCAGGCUGUCAAGACGCUGACGAUAGCGGAUGGGCUGCGCACGCCGGUGGGGGUGUUGAAUUGGGAAGUGAUUUCGGACGGCAACAAAGUCGCCGGGGUGUUUGCUGUGACGGAGGCGCAGAUCAAGGCGACCAUGAGGCUGGUUUUGGAGCGGAUGAAGGUAGUGGUGGAGCCGAGUGCGGUGGUGGGUUUGGCGGUUUGUUUGUUCAACGAGGACUUUCGACGCAUGGUGGAGAAGGAGGCGCCGGAUGGGUGGGAUAUAGGCGUUGUCUUUAGUGGUGGGAAUACCACGGUCGAGGCAAUUGGCAAGCUAUUUGCUUGA